AUGUACUUAAACCGCUCUACCUCAUUAGAAAACUCGUCCUUUGAAGGAAUGCCAAUGAAAUACAUCAUUCAAAAAUUACGCAAAAAUGGAUCCGAAAAUUUUAACAAUCCAUCAACCGCAGAAUUCGAAUUACAUGUAGAGGGUGUUGAUAGACCAUUUUGGGUACAUAAAGAUUUCCUUAUCACGCAAUCCGAAUUCUUUAACGACAAUCUUACCUCUGUGAGACAUGGUGAUCUCGUGAAGAUCACCCUACCAUCUCCCGAAACUUUUGAAUCGAUUCUUGAAUAUUUGUAUACCGGAGAUGAUGACAAAUGGUAUGAUACCAUAACUCCUGAAAAUUAUCAAGAUGUUUGUAACAACGUUGAUUAUCUCGGUUUAGGCAGUGAAGUAAGGAACAUUUGUAUAGCUUAUUAUCAAAAUAACAUGAAUGCUUAG